AUGGGGAUAGAGCGGGGAACCGGGAGGCGCAUCUCGCUCUGGGUGAGCCCGGACGCUUUUAUAGCACCCGUUAUUGCGCAAAAAAGACCCCGAAUAACAGCCUCCCCGGGCCUCAAGCUGUCCAAACACACUCCUGAUAAUUCAUGCCCACUCGUCCUUUUUCUGUCUCAGAUGAGCGUUUGGUGGCAGACUCUCUUGGUCCUGGCUGCUCUACUGAACUGUGUGGACUCUUCUGCUCCAUCAUUUGUCCAGAGGUGUAAAUACAGCACCUCUUUUCGACUUGCAAAGACCACGAGAACCCACGUUCAGCACCUACUGAAAAAAUACAAGGUGCAGCAGUUGGGUAACGUGCAUUUUGAGGACAGAAACCGACACCUGAGGGGUCUCCCUUUCCUUUCUACAGACUUCUCAGAAUGGCUGAAGUUGUCGGACUGGGACCGGCUGCACGGGGCUUUCUGGGACAUGCAGGCCUACUGGAACGUGCUGGAGGGGAGGCGGAAACAGCUGGAAAUGGAGGAGAGGCAGCGGUCGGCCCCGACCACUUUACCCCAGACCAUGAAGCACAUCCAGCUCGAUUUACGAGACCUGAUGAACCAAGUCAGCAAUCAGAUGAGAUUCAUAAGGAGAUCUUGGAUAAAGCCCACGGCCUCCUCGGUGCAAAUUGACCCAGGAAAAACUACCAAAACGGUGUGGGACAGUCGAGUGGAAGGCUACAUCCUGUUAAGAGACCUAGAUCUGUAUCUCACAAAGUUAGCAAGAGACUUUCUCCUACUGGCUUCAAAGAACAAAAAGAGACACCACGCCGACAAGGAAAGCACACGCAAACAUUAA